GAUGAGCAGAGAUUGAUAAAGACUGGUUUUGGCCGAAUUCCACGAGCACGAGAAUCACAAGUGCCCAGAAGGAAAUGGUCUUGCUGGCAUCUAUUGACCAGGGGACCUCUAGCAGCCGUUUUCUAGUAUUCAAAGGGGAGACUGGAGAGUUGGUGACGAGUCAUCAGAUUGAAAUCAAACAACUUUUUCCGCAUCCUGGAUGGGUAGAGAUAGAUCCGAUUGAAAUAGUUUCGACUGUAAAGGAAUGCAUUAUAAAAGUAGCCGAUAAACUGCAACAAUUAGGAAUAUCCCUUGAAGAAAUAAAAUCCGUUGGCAUUGCAAAUCAAAGAGAAACCACGAUAGUAUGGAAUAGCGAAACAGGAGAACCAUUAUACAAUGCCAUCGUUUGGCUAGAUAAUCGCACCUCAAGUCUUGCUGAGGAAGCCAUUGCCAAUACGGCAAGCCGAUCGAAGGAUGAGUUCAAGCAGAAGACCGGUCUACCGAUUCACCCUUACUUUAGCGCGUUGAAAUUGAGAUGGUUGUUACAAAAUGUCGAUGCUGUCAAAAAAGCCAACGAAGAAAAUAAGCUAUUGUUUGGCACCGUUGAUACCUGGCUCAUAUGGAAAUUGACAGGGGAACAUGCCACGGAUGUCUCAAAUGCAUCCAGAACACUUUUACUAGAUCUACGAAAACGGAAAUGGUCAUGCCAGCUUUGCGAGUUUUUUGGCAUUCCACCGCAUAUCCUGCCACAAAUUCGUUCCAGUGCUGAGAUAUACGGUCACUUCAAAGGAGGGCCACUGAAAGGAGUUCCAAUCUCUGGAUGUUUGGGAGACCAACAGGCGGCUAUGGUUGGCCACAAUUGUUUGCAACGGGGAGACACUAAGAACACCUAUGGAACCGGCACUUUUAUGUUAUGCAACAUCGGACCCGAUAUAGUCAUCAGCAAACGUGGGCUAUUGACUACAGUAGGAUUUCAGUUUGGACCUGACUCUCCCGUAAUUUACGCCUUUGAAGGAUCUGGAUCAAUUGGUGGAAAUGUUGUUCGAUUUCUACGGGAUAAUUUUCAAUUCAUUAAGCAUGCAAAGGAAAUGGAGGGAAUCUGUCGUACAGUCAAAAACACCGGUGGUGUCUUUUUUGUACCCAGCUUUACUGGGCUUUAUACUCCAUAUUGGGAUCCUAGCGCUAGAGGAACAAUCCUUGGAUUGACACAGGCUACAACUAAGGCACACAUUUGUUUGGCAGCUUUACGAGCCGUAGCUUAUCAGAGUGCUGAAAUGAUUGAAGCGGUUGAACAAGAUUUGGAGAAUGUCACAAUUACCACUAUCAGGGCGGAUGGAGGAAUGAUAGCAAACCAUCUAUUCAAUGAAUUGCAAGCUGAGAUUAUGGGCAAAGAGAUCAAAACACCAAAGAUUGGAGAAAUCUCAGGUUGGGGUGCAGCGGUAGCUGGAGGAAUUGGAGCCCAGCAGUACAGCCUAGAGGAAUUUUCUUCACAUGAGGCUACUGCAAAAUGCUACAAAUCAUGGUCGGACGAUAGACAGCGUGUAGCUGAUUUGGCAAAAUGGAAAGAGGCUGUAAAACGAGCUCGUGGUUGGGCGGAUGUAGUGGAAACCGGAAUCAAAGAAUAAAAUUUGCUCACAAGCAACUGCUCCUAAUCUCUGUCGGUCUUGAAUAACAUCUUGUUCAAAAUAAUACGAGUAUGAAACAUCAGUCACUUCGCCACAUCAAAUGUAUAUAUGCAGUGCCGAU